AUGUUUAGAGAUGGAGAAUCGGAGGUAUUAUUGGAAGAAGAUUCAGGUCAGAUGCUCAAAGAGUUGUCGGAAACACUAAAUAUCGAUGAGUCAACCAAAAAAGAUAUGGUCUGUAUUAAAUAUAUUAUCAGUCAAUUUCCUUCUACAUAUGCAUUAUGCGAUUAUGUAAAUUUGUCUGGAAGGGUCGGAUCGCUUCAACUGUUAUCGAGAUUAGCAGUGAGAGCGGCCCUUGCAAGGGAAUCCAGUGUGCAACAACUUCCGUUACCGCCGCGACUGAAGGCUUCAGUGGCUGCUCUCUUCGCUAGCACCAUACGAUGUUCAGUACCAGAACCAAGAGAGUUGCGUCGAUUCGUAUCAAGGCCACCGCCGGGAAGCAGCCGGUUACACUGCACGAUGCUGAGGCAUGCCAUAGAACCUAUGCCGUGUUAUACGCUCUAUCUGGAAUAUUUAGGCGGUCUCGUACCGCUCUUGAAAGGCAGACGAAUUAGCAAGAUCAGACCAGAAUUCGUGAUAUUUGACCCACAGAAUCAGGAGACUUUACAGGUACUCGACGAUACGUCACAGUACCCGUCAUUCAGCGAUGGUUCGGACACCGAAAGAGACACCGCGGACCUGUGUGGGUCGCCACGGAACAAAAAAAAAAGUAGAAGAAGAAGAGAGGAGAAGUCGAAUGACGAAACGGACGAACUUACGUACGCGGAUACCUUACCAGAGCAUGCGAGACUAGUCGAGGUAACAUCAAAUAUCUGGGGAACAAAAUUCAAAUUUCAUGGCUUGGCGGAUUCGAUUCCCGCAAACCUAGGUCAAGUGACUUAUCGAACAUCGUUACUACAUCUACAGCCGAGACAAAUGACGCUCGUAAUGACGGAACUUAGGGAUGAUUUACCUUCAGAUGAUUUUACGAGGUGCUAGAUUGCACGCCGUUUGGGAAGAAUUUUCAAAGGCGCCUUCGUAUGUGCUG